CAAUUCAACUUAUUCGUAACAAUUCAAAUGAAUUAUCGAUUAUUGUCCACAGCCCUUUUGAGUCAGGCGUGGAAACCUGUCCGCCAAAAGUUUCUAUUUUCUUCAGUAAAUACAGGACUUUCUCAACUUUCCAGUUUAAAGUCAAACCUUGCAACUAUGGUUGUCAAUACUAAAGAACUAGAAACUCAGGUCAGGGACCGACUCGUACAGCUUUACAAACAGACUCCUUGUAUGCCUAUCAUGGUAAGAAUUGCUUGGCAUGAUGCCGGAACAUAUGAUGUGAAUACCAACACUGGUGGAGUUAACGGAUCUGUUCGCUUUGACGUUGAACAAAAGCAUAAAGCAAACGCUGGCCUCAAAGUCGCCUUGGACUUACUUGCUCCCAUAAAGAAAGAUUUUCCCGAUAUUGGCUAUGCGGAUUUGUUCCAACUAGCAAGUGUUGUCGCCAUUGAGUAUGCAGGAGGUCCAAAGAUACCUUUCCGAAUGGGUAGAAGGGACGCAGAGGGUCCAGAAAAGUGUCCUGAGGAAGGAAGACUUCCAGACGCUGAACACAAACUACCUCAGCUUCGAAAGGUGUUCUAUCGUAUGGGUUUGAACGACAAAGAAUUGACUGUCCUUAGCGGAGGGCACACCCUUGGUCGAGCUCAUAAGGACCGUUCAGGUUUCGAGGGUCCUUGGACGAAAACCCCCUUAGUGUUCGACAACUCUUAUUUUGUGGAGAUUUUGAAAGAGAAACCCGAUCCCCAGUUGUUGAGGCUUGCUUCUGACUUGGCGUUGUUGGAUGACCCCCAAACUAGGAAGCUUGUGGAAGAAUAUGCUUCUAACAAAGACCUGUUCUUUGAAGAUUAUGCACAGGCACACAAGAAACUUAGUGAAUUAGGAGCAGUAUGGGUCCAAUAAGAGUUGUUUGUUGUCGUUGUUAAAAUAAAAAAAGUCGUUUUCCUUUUCGAAAGAAUGUUUGACAAGAAAGAGAGAUGGAGAGAAAUUACAUGACCAUUUUCUCGUAGUUAUUGUUUUUCUCUUGAGUGAAGAAAACAACUUUUUCGUCA